AGUUACUAUCAGACACAGUCACAAGACAAGGACUAAAGCUCUUUAACUUUAUUUAUUUUAUUCAGUCAAAGAACAAUUUGAAUUAUUUAUGAAAAAGCCUGUAUAAAGCAGUUCACUUAAACAACAUUGUUUUAUCAUAAUUAGUACUAUAAUUAUUAUACUAAACACAGUGAUAAGGACUUAAUCUGCAAUUGUCUUUGUAGCAUUUGUCUCUUCAUGGGAGAAGAAGAUUCUUCUUUAACCUAUCGUAGAAGAUCGAUCACUGUCUUAUUUUCUUGAAAAGUUUAUACUGUCAGUGUAUAGAAGUUUAACGCGGCCGCUUAUAAAAACAAGAAACAAGUCACUUUCUUCACUUACCGUCUCGAGACGAAAAAAAAAUGAAAGUAGUCAAGAUCUGUGAAGAGGUUAUCAAGCCAUCAUCUGCAACUCCAGAUGAACUUAGAGAGCAUAAGAUAUCUUUCAUAGAUGAAAUAAUACCUCAUUCUUCAAUUCCACUCAUUUUGUUCUACAAAAAAAGUGAAACUGUCACACAAUCACAAAUAUGCAGACACUUAAAGACUUCACUUUCACAAACUUUAACUCAGUUUUAUCCUUUGGCUGGAAGAAUGAAGUCUCAAUGUUCAAUUGAUUGUAAUGAUGAAGGAGUUUACUAUCAAGAAACACAAGUGGAUGGUUCAGUUUUCGACAUCGUCAAGAACCCAAAGUCCAGUGAAUUGGUGAAGUUAACACCUUAUAAUUCAGAUGGCACCUCGUCGAAUUUUCAAGAACUUUUAGCCGUACAAGUUAACUUAUUCGACUGUGGUGGCAUAGCGGUUGGUAUCUCCAUGACGCAUAAGAUUGGUGAUGCUUCUAGCCUUUGUACAUUCAUCAAGAACUGGUGCGAUGCGAGCGAAGGAUUAAGAAACAACAAAUGUGGCGCGGACUCUUUUGAAGGAUCUGACACGCACCCACCGGUGUUUUUGAAGAAUCCAAGUGACAUAGGCAACAAGAAGGUGAAAAAAGACUCUACUUUCAUCUCUUUAUCAUCAAUCUUUCCGCCAAGAGGGACAACUGAUGACACGCCAGACAAAAAGUGCGUAGCGAUUCAGCCUGUCGCUGAAAAGCUAGCAGUAAAAAGAUUCGUUUUUACAGCUCCAAACAUAGCUAAAAUGAAGAGUAAGUUGAUGAACUAUGGUUACAAUGAAAACGCGACGCGUGUAGAAGUAGUAAGUGCUUUGUUAUGGAAAUGUUUCAUGGUUGCAAAAGGAUGCAACUCAGUUGUUGUUAUCCCAAUGAAUGUAAGGCAAAGGAUAGUUCCACCUUUGCCUGAAAGCUCAUUUGGGAACUUCUUCUUGAUAACAAAUGCUAUAGCAAGUGUAGGUGACAAUUGGUUGUCUAUGGUUGGGAAGAUAAAGAGCGCAAUUGGGAGAAUUGCUGGUAAUUACAUGGAGAAAAUCCGCGGAGAGGGUGGUUUUGAGUUCGUUAAGAGUAAUUUUAACCAACUCGGAGAAUUGAUCAUGAGUCAAGGGAGCCAUGUUCGCGUGUUAACAAUUGGAAGUUGGUGCAACUUUCCGAUUAAUGAAGCAAACUUCGGAUGGGGUGAGUCUAUUUUGAAGGUUGUCGCGAUCGUUGGAGUGAAAGAUAAUGUUGUUCUGUUAGAUUCUGCAGAAUUUGCUGGUGGAAUUGAAGCUUGGGCUAUUAUGACUGAUGAAGAAUUGACAUUGUUUGAACAAGACAAAGACCUUCAAGAGUUUACUUCAUUAGAUGUAAUUUGUGAUCUCGAUUGAAAGAAGAGUAAAUGCACUGUUUCCAUCCUCAAGUAUAAACGAAAUUAUUGAGACACACCCGAACUUUAGGAGGGUCUUAUUACCCCUGGACUAAUUAAAAUCGUAUUUUUGGCAACCUUAGCGCCUACGUGGCACUUCAAUGAAUCAACACACUGAAGGUCCACGUAGGCGCUAAGGUUGCCAAGAGUACGGUUUUAAUUAGUCCGGGGGUAAUAGGACCCUCCUAAAGUUCUAGUGUGUCUCGGCAAUUUCGUGUAUAGUUUAGGAUGGAAACAGGGCAGUGCAUUUUCUCUUGAAAGAAAACAGAAGAUUUUCCACAAAUCAAAAUGUAUGAUUGAUUGAUCAACUGAACAUUUCUUUCUAUUAUAGUCACUCACAAA